AUUUUCAGCAUCAAUACCUUACCUGGCCAACACACCAGCAUGGCGGCUCUUUUUCUUUGCAGAUGACCGUCACCGUCGGUAUCCCAAAGCUCAUCCUAUGCCAGGACUCAGACCGUCCCGUCCCUGAGACCGACGCGACCCAUCCUGCUGCUGGGCCGCAACGGAAACCACCCGCGGCCGUUACACAGGGCUUGCUGAGGCCAAUUCUGGGGACCUGGAGAAUCCAUCCACAGGACGCGAGCUCGUUUCGAUGAGCGCGCGCGUUUAACGCAUAAUGCAGUGCGAAUCUUGUCAUGCGUCGGAUAAACAGCCUGCCAUCGCACACCUCCAACAGUUCGGACCUUUCAGGGUACCAUCAACUCGGUCGAGGAUCUAUGCUUUCCCCAUUGGGUCUCUGGCGCCGCACCCUGAGGAUGGAUGUGGCGGUGACAGCUGGGGGAGAUGUAACAAGAUCAAAGGCUUCACGAUGAAUUACAAGCAUACGGUCCCCUUAAGCUCACAUUUUUCAAACUCCCUAUUGAUAUUCCAGGUGAGUGGGUUCAGGCCCGGCAUUUCGCCGUCCACUUCGGAGCCGGUCCCGGUGUUUACUCCACCAACUCCGACAAACUUUCCAGAUCAGGCAAGUAUGAGGUUGUACAUGCCGCAAGGCGAGCAUACAUCAAACUUGGUAAUGCCGAGAGGUGUCUUUGGCUAUGACAUGGAUGAUAGGGGGGCUUAGCAGAGGAGAAGGUUUACAGCACCGGACGCGCUGGAAGAAAUGCUGGUCUACAAGUAAUGUACGUAGAAACAGGGCUCGGUAUCAACACAGACAAUACCCAAAUGUACACACCAAUCCAUUCAUGUCUAGCCGCUCUGCUCCACCAACGCUCCUGAUUCAGCCAACAACAAAAAGAUGCAAAACCACAAUGUGCUCCCCAAACUCCCAAGCAUCUAUAGCCUCCCAACAAUAUACAUUGCACCAUGGACCCACCCUCUCAACGCCAACUGCUCUCAUUCCUCAAUUUCCUCCAUCGCGACAUCUCUCUCUUCGCCCCAGGACUGUCCCCUCUACUCCUUCCCGCGGCUGUCUCACCGGCCCCGCGCGAGUCCCUCCCCCCGUCGGCCCCGCGCCUGCCCUCACCGCUGCCACCACGGACAUCUCCCGCCUUCCCGCUCCCUCUCCUGGCUUGUCCGCCCUGUCGUCCGCGCCUGCCAGCGCCCGGGUUCUCUUGUCGUUGGCCCGCGCGCGCCGUGGCUGGGCUUGGAGCCGGAGCCCGGGGGUUGACAGGCGCGCGCGGGACCGGGUUUGGCUGUAGCUGCGUCCAGCUCAUGUCGGUGUUAAGAGUUUCGAUGAGGGUGCGUCCACCCUGUCCCCUCGGCGGUGGUGGCAAGAGAGAUUGGCGCGCGUGAGGGCGCACCGGACCCGGGGUUGCUUGGACGGGACUGGCCGCCGGUUCUUGGACCUCUUCAGC